CCAAUCGCGGUCAGAUUCUUUAAACCGAUAGUUUUGUCUUUGCCUUGGUAUCAGUCUCUCUCACCGCGAAGAUGACCAUGAUGGGUUAGCCUGAUCGUAGCGACGAAACGUUAAUGUAUAUAAAUUAGCGGUUUUAUUAGCUUAAUUUGCAAAGUAUUAUCACAACAGAAGCCGUAUUAGCCAGCCCUUAAGAUGCCUCUUCGGGCCGGCGAGCGGCGUGGCGGUGGCAGGUCCUUAUGCUUCCUUAUUCUACUAAACGUCGUGUUGUUUUCAGCCGGAGUUAUAGCAACUCAAGAAGAGAAUAAAGUCAUUCGCGAGGAGAAGCCAGCGGAGCUGCAGAAGGCAACCUCCGGUCACGCACUCGGCCCGGCAGUGAGUGUCGAUGAACCCAAUAAGGGAAACCUGGGCUUUAUUCAUGCCUUUGUGGCAGCCCUCUCAGUCAUCAUUGUCUCUGAACUGGGAGACAAGACGUUCUUCAUCGCAGCCAUCAUGGCUAUGCGCUACAAUCGCCUCACUGUUUUGGCAGGCGCCAUGUUGGCUCUGGGACUCAUGACGUGUCUGUCAGUCCUGUUUGGUUAUGCCACCACCAUUAUCCCACGGAUCUACACCUACUACAUAUCGACAGCACUGUUUGCCAUAUUUGGUGUGAGGAUGCUGAGGGAGGGAAUGAGGAUGAGUCCUGAUGAAGGGCAAGAGGAGCUGGAGGAGGUCCAGGCUGAGAUAAAGAAAAAGGAUGAAGAGCUUCAGCGCUAUAAGCUAGCCAACGGCUCGCCUGAUGUGGAAGCGGGGACGGCGUCAACCAUAUUACCUCAGAGAAGGUGUCACAGCGUGAUUUCACCGAUAUUCAUUCAGGCACUCACCCUCACCUUCCUCGCAGAGUGGGGCGACCGCUCUCAGCUUGCCACUAUUGUGCUGGCUGCAAGAGAGAAUCCAUUUGGAGUAGCAGUUGGGGGAACAUUGGGACACUGUCUGUGCACAGGCCUGGCUGUUAUCGGCGGAAGGAUGGUGGCUCAGAAGAUCUCCGUAAGAACCGUUACAAUCAUUGGUGGAAUCGUUUUCCUCGCCUUUGCGUUCUCCGCCCUCUUUAUCAAGCCCGAUUCUGGAUUCUGAUGGAAAAACUGACUCUUGGUUUCAUUUUUGUAUAUAAACUACCCAGAACAAGUGCAACAGAGAGAGAGACUGCGCAAAGACUGCAGAUGGCUUGUUUAUAUGUUUGAGUGAAUCUCUUUUGUGUGAGUAAAGUAUGACUGAAUGAAUGAAUGGAAAAACAAUUUACUGCUCAUGUCUUAAUGAGCAUUUCAUUUUUUUUUUGCCUAAUCCCUCCUUGUUUUUGUCUUUCUUUACUUUCAACCAGGCACUGUUCUGUUUUUAGUUGAUCAUUAUAUUUCUCAUGUAUGCCUCCUCACAGUUUACUUGAACUUGCCAGAUUUGUCCGGCACAUAGUAACAUUUUAAAUAACAAAUCACGAAUCUUGUUUCUACAUUGUUUUACCUCUGUUUGAGCAGUGUGCUAUCGGCAAAUUACUGGCCUGGCUCCAGUCUACCUUAUUCAAGUUCAAGCUUACUUGACUACAACAGCUCUAAAACUAAACCCAGAUCAAGCACUGUCACUCACCCACUGCACAGCAGUAAAUCUACUCGCAUCUCAGGAGUAUUUAGUGGGUAAGAGCCUCAGCAAUAUAACAGUCACAAUUCCAUCAUCAAUAACAAACUAUAGUACUGAAUUGAAUGCUGAAUAAUGCUAUAGGAACUGCCUGGUGUCUAAACUGCCUGUUGAUGGUUUGUCCUUUAUUCAUACCAUAUUACCAAAGGCUUUAAAUGUAGUAUGGAUUUAUGUGAGAUCUGAUUACUACAUCACAUGUGGCCUUUAAACCCAGUCACGGUAUUUAUUGGUCAUCAUUGUGCGCUCAUAAAUGCAUUUGUGUUUCUGUGUCACUGGUCAUAAAGUGUUAGGGACAGUCAUGCUUUCACAGGCUCCCCUGAAAGAAGCACACGGCAUACAUUUGCUGUCUCCUUGUGAAGGAAGAGUAUCAUUUCUUAAGUCUGCCCUUUUCUUCCGAAUGGUUUUUAUUUAUUCUACUAAGGAGCACAGAUUGAUAUUUUGUCGUAGUUGAUUUGUUCCGUUGAGAAGAAUAUUUGGUUCUUUUUUUUUACAUUUUCAGGGUGACUUUGUCAAUAUUUGACAGGGUCUAACUUUGGAGAGUGUGCUGAUUGAACUAUUAUAGAAGAACUGCAAAAAUGUUAUUCCUGUAAAUAUUGAA